AUGUUACUCAAGAAGCUGAUGGUUAGCCUGGUGAAGAAACCAAAGGUCGAUUUACUUGAAAUUGCAGCUGCCUUGGGCAGUGGGAGGUGCAAGAGGGAGCUAUAUAUUCCCAUCUCAGCGCUCACCGCGCAGACCCUGACAGGCGCCCCGCCCACCUCUGCCUCCUCCAGGAUCACAGACCGAACAGUCCAAAGCCCUCAGCGAGCAGGCGCACGGUUCCGGGUUCACACAGGCCUGAGGUGCGCUGAAAAUCCAGAAAAUCAUCAGUUUCAAAAGCUUCUGACUGAAUUAAACAAACCCACCGACGCCUAUGAGCUGAGCGUCGCCAACAGGUUCUAUGGCGGAAAGGAGUUUCCCUUCCUUCAGGAAUACAUGGAUAAUGUGAAGAAGUUGUACCUAGCCAGUGUGGAAUCUGCUGAUUUUGCGAAUGCUCCAGAAGAAAGUCGACAGAUGAUUAAUUCCUGGGUGGAAAAACAAACUAAUGAAAAAAUCAAGGAUCUAUUUCCCAAAGAUUCUCUUGACAGCUCCACCGCUCUAGUGCUGGUGAACGCAAUCUAUUUCAAAGGGCAGUGGCACCAGAAAUUUAAGGAAGAAAACACGGUGGAGGAAAAAUUUUGGCUGAACAAGGAUAGAAGCAAAUCUGUGCAGAUGAUGAAAGAAAGGAACACCUUCAAUUUCACCUCCCUGGAGGACAUGCAAGUCAAGAUCCUGGAAAUACCGUACAAAGGCACAGAGCUAAGCAUGAUGCUGCUGCUGCCCAAUGCAGUAGAUGGUCUGCAGAAGGUAAAGCCGUGCACCUCCAAGUCUUCCUACUGUUGCUUCCAUUCCUAGCUAUACAAACAAAAC